GGCAGCUCGUAGGACAGCGACAGGCGCGCGGCUGCUCAUCUGGAUCGCCGGCGCUCGGCAUUCGUGCACGGAAGGACCGAUCGGAGCCGCUGCGGCAUGACAAAGUGACACUUGAGGCCAGCCGCGAUGUGUCCUUGAUCGGCGCGCCUCUGGGGGGCUCCAGCAUGAUCUUUCUGGGACUUCUUCUGCCCGCUCUGCUGGGGGGAAGCACGCAGGCCAGCCAUGGCGGACCCCCACUUGACUGCGUGGAUGCAGAGAGGCUCUGCCUGCUGGACCACCAAUGCAACAGCAGCUACCGGAUACUGGAGCACUGCGCCAUCGAGGAGGCCAUGUCCCUGCUGGGGUGGGACGCGCGGAAGGAGUGUGUGAGCGCCGAGGCCGAGCUCGAGAGGAGCCCGCUGUCCGGGUGCAAAUGCCACCGCGGCAGUAAGAAGGAGGAGCAGUGCCUGAAGGUGUACUGGACCAGCCGCUUCUCACACAGAUACCACGAGCUGGACGUCUCGCCAUACGUGGAGAUGGACACGGAGCCCACGUGGAAUGGAGACGGCUCUCGGCUAGCGGGCAUCCUCUCAGGGUCGAGUGUGCCCACCGAUGUGGAGAAUCAGUGCUUGGAGGCGGCACAGGCCUGCGGCCUUUACGAGAAGUGUGGCAACCUGCGCUCCGAGUACGUGCUGGCGUGCACCAAGAGAGCCCCCAACAGCGAAACCUGCAACCGACAGAAGUGCCACAAGGCGCUGCGCCGCUUCCUGGACCGCGUGCCCGAGGAGUACGUCUUUGGCGUGCUCUUCUGCCAGUGCAACAACACGCUGUGUGGGGAGCGCAGGAGGAAGACCAUCGUGCCAUCCUGCUCUUUCGAGGAGAGGGAGAAGCCCAACUGCAUGACCCUGCAGCACAUGUGCAUGAAGGACGACCUGUGCAGGUCUCGGCUGGUGGAUUUCCAGCACAACUGUCAGCCGCUGUCAAUGUCGCGGACCACCUGCCCGAGGGACAACGCCAUGGCCUGUCUGAGGUCCUACGUUGGUCUGAUUGGUACCAUCGUGACGCCCAACUACAUGUCCAACAAUGGCACCGAGGUGGCAUACUGGUGCACCUGUGAGGCCAGCGGCAACCAGCGGCAGCACUGUGAAAAAAUCCUGACCAUGUUCAACCAGAACAGCUGUCUGCAGAACGCCAUCAAAGCGCUAAACAGCGAUGCCCAUCACACCCUGGAGGGCACGCAGACGUCGGCCAGGUCCUCCCAGCACUUCCAGGACGACGACAUGAACGUGCUGCCAGGGAUUGUGGAGGUAAAGCACGUUGAUGUCGUCGUCAGUGGAGGUGGCAGAGUGGAGGUCAAUCAGCCCAUUUCUGAGAAGGCCACUGUGUCCAACAGCCACUCCGGAGCCACGGGAUUUGGGUGGUCGGCGGCACUCCUGCCUCUGGCGCUGCUUCCGCUGCUGUAGACGAGGAGCAGACUGGCAGAGACUGCAGGCGGCGGUGGCGCGGUGCCAUCGCUGUGCUCUUCUUAUGCUCUUCUUUUUUGCUCGUUUCGCUCUUUGAGACCCUCCAAGUCACUGUCCUCCUCUCUUUGAUUGGCAUCUGCCUCCUCUGGACGAUUCCACCUGGAAAGGUCAGAAAGCAGUGGACAAUCACUGGCAACAAUGGCGAGGGGCGGAACAGUCCGGCAAAUGUCCUCAUUCAGGGAGCGGGCAUCACAAGGCCGGUCCACGUGAGGGUACAAAAUGGGACGGUCACUCUCGUGGAAGCCAGCUGCUGUGCUUUGUGCCAACAGACAGAACCUAAAAGUGGACACAAGUCAGAGAUGUCAAUGCCAUGCAGAAUGACCAGAGAAACCUCUAGUGGACACUGGGGGUCAGUGAAGCCCAGUGAAGUAAGGAGGCAGCUGGCCUGUGCUGGAGGGUUGGCUCCUUUGACCUGCCCGGCCCCUGAGCUUCAUGUCCACCCGUCCAUCUGUCUGUCUGCUUCAGGUGCCACACGUGAAUGCCACCGGGAUUUCAUGGACGCUCGCAUGUAAUCAAGCUGGGCUCCCAUUAGCAGGCGUGUGAAGACCCUGAGAAGAAUGAGUAUGAAGUGAGGGGUCAGUAGUGGUCCAUGACAGUCAGGCUAUGGAGUGGUCAUCAUUUAAGGGGCUUCAUCACUCAGCGAGGGGACACGUCACAUUGGGUUGGUCAGCUGGACCU